AUGGGUCCUUUAAGUGAAAACCGAUUAAAUUCCCUGGCCAAACAUCGCUUUCUUUGGUUCAUCCUAUUCAUAUUUUUCGCUCUUUAUUCUCUUGGAUCAAUCGGUUUCAUUGUCGCCCUCAGUUUUUCCAAUGUACUCGCCAAAAAGCUUCACCAACAAGCUGAUAUGAGAAGUUCGCAUCUCAAUGAGAAUCUCAUGACUUGCAGUCGGAAUGAAACAUGUGAAAAUAAAUGGAAUCAUUAUGUAAAACGAGAUAUUUGUUAUAAAAAAUUCGAAGUGAAAUUGGGAUUUGAUGAAGCGGAAAAGUUAUGCGUGAGCUUUAAUGCAAAUCUCUUGUCGAUUCACAACGAAGAGGAGGGGAAAUAUUUUGCAAGGGUAUUCACAGAAGAUUUCGAUGAUGAGAGGAUAUGGAUUGGAUUGAUGCAUUCUCAAGGCCAACAAUUUCACUGGACAGAUGAGUCAGAGGCAGACUUUGCUAAAUUCAUGGCCGAUCACAACAUCAGUGAUGCUCAAAAUCAAGAUCGAGUGCAGCUUGAACUCACCCACGACGAGAAGCGAUUCCCAUUUUGGACAUCAAAUCAUACUACAACAGCAUAUUUUAUUUGUUCAAAGAAAAGU